AUGUCAUUGGGGAACUCGCCAAUGUUGGGGGUGCGCCCCGUGCCCCGACCCCUCUGGCUGUCCCACAUUCUCCUCCUGGUCCUCCGCGUGACUCUCUUUGCCCAGGCUCCCCAGGGUUUGCCUGUGGUGGGUUAUAACACAGACUCCAAAAAGGAGAUCACGCUGGAGGGGGAUCUGAUGAUCGGCGGUCUCUUCCCCGUGCACCAGAAAGGCGAGGGCGCCCAGGAUUGCGGGAAGAUCAAUGCGCAGCGGGGAAUCCAGCGGCUGGAGGCCAUGCUACUUGCUCUCGACGAAAUCAACAGGGACGAACGCAUCUUGCCCGGAAUUCGUUUAGGAGCUCAUAUACUGGACACGUGCUCCAAGGACACAUACGCUCUAGAACAAUCUCUGGAGUUUGUCAGGGCUUCACUCACCAAAGUGGACGACAGCGAGUACACGUGCCCAGAUGGAUCCUACGCCAUCCAUGAUGAAGUCCCGUUGGCCAUCUCUGGAGUUAUCGGAGGAUCUUACAGCGACGUUUCUAUUCAGGUGGCCAACUUGCUGCGACUCUUUCAGAUCCCUCAGAUUAGUUACGCCUCCACCAGUGCCAAACUCAGCGACAAGACGCGCUACGACUACUUUGCCCGCACCGUACCUCCCGAUUUCUUCCAGGCCAAGGCCAUGGCGGAAAUCCUCCGUUACUUUAACUGGACGUACGUAUCGACGGUGGCGUCGGAAGGCGACUACGGCGAGACCGGCAUCGACGCCUUUCAGCAGGAGGCCCGAGCCCGCCACAUCUGCAUCGCCACUUCGGCCAAGGUGAGCCGGUCCAUGAGCCGCUGGAGCUACGAGAACGUGAUCCGCUCCCUGCAGCAGAAGUCCAACGCCAGGGUGGUCAUCCUGUUUACCCGCAGCGAAGACGCACGUGAGCUUCUGGUGGCGGCCAACCGCAUGAACGUCACUUUCACCUGGGUGGCCAGCGACGGUUGGGGAGCGCAGGAGAGUGUGGUGAGGGGCAGCGAAGCUGUCGCAGAUGGCGCGUUCACCAUCGAGCUGGCAUCCUAUCAGAUCCCCCACUUCAACGACUACUUCACGGCUCUCCAUCCGUACAACAACACCAGGAAUCCGUGGUUCCGAGAGUUCUGGGAGAACCAGUUCCAGUGUAGCCUCCAUGAUUUGAGCUGCGGGAAGCACUCCCUGCGAGAGGCUCCGUUUCAACCAGAAUCCAAGAUUAUGUUUGUGGUGAAUGCCGUUUAUGCGAUGGCCACCGCGUUACACAACAUGAGACAGGCCCUGUGCCCGAACUCCACCAAGGUCUGCGACGCUCUCAAACCUGGCAACGGCAGGAAGUUUUACAGGGACUACAUUCUUAAGACCAAGCUUGAGGCGCCAUUCCGUCCACCAGAUACCGACAACAUUGUCCGCUUUGACGCCUUCGGAGACAGCUUCGGCCGCUACAACAUUUUCCACUACCACAAGGAAGGCGGACGCUACAGCUACCGCAAGGUCGGUUACUGGGCUCAGAGUCUGAUCCUGAACACCAGCCUCAUCCCCUGGGCCGGGGCACCCACCUCUCAGUGUAGCGACCCCUGUAGGAAGAACGAGGUGAAGAGUAUGCAGCCCGGAGACGUGUGCUGCUGGAUCUGCAUCCCGUGUCAGUCCUACCAAUACCUGCAGGACGAGUUCACGUGCGCCGACUGCAGCUUUGGACAGUGGCCUCUGGCUAAUCUGACGGGUUGCUACGACCUACCUGAGGAGUACAUCCGCUGGGAAGAUGCCUGGGCCAUUGGACCCGUCACCAUCUCCUGUCUGGGGAUGACGUGCACGCUGUUCGUCAUUGGCCUCUUCCUCAAACACAACGAGACACCCGUGGUGAAAGCCAGCGGACGUGAGCUCUCCUACAUUCUCCUGCUGGGGGUGCUGAUGUGCUACACGAUGACGUUCAUCUACAUCGCCAAACCUUCCACGGCGGUUUGCACACUCCGCCGUCUGGGCUUAGGAACCUCCUUCGCCGUGUGCUACUCGGCCCUGCUGACCAAGACCAAUCGCAUCGCUCGGAUCUUCAACGGCGUGAAGGGCGGCGCCCAGCGACCUCGGUUUAUCAGCCCGGCCUCGCAAGUUGCCAUCUGCGGAGGUCUGAUCUCCUGCCAGCUGGUGGUGGUGGUGGUCUGGCUGCUCAUCGAAGCUCCCGGAGUGAGAAAGGAAGUGAGCCCGGAGAAGAGAGACGUCGUCACCCUCAAGUGCAACAGCAAAGACUCCAGCAUGCUCAUGUCGCUCACCUACAACUGCGUCCUCAUCAUCCUCUGCACGGUUUACGCCUUCAAGACCCGCAAGUGCCCUGAAAACUUCAAUGAAGCCAAGUUUAUUGGGUUCACCAUGUACACAACCUGCAUCAUCUGGCUGGCUUUUCAGCCCAUUUUCUACGUCACUGCCAGUGACUACAGGGUGCAGACCACUACGAUGUGCAUCUCGGUCAGUCUGAGCGGGUCGGUUGUCCUGGGCUGCCUGUUCGCCCCCAAAGUCCACAUCAUCCUGUUCCAGCCACAGAAGAACGUCAGCACUCUGAGAGUGGCCACCACCCGCUUCAGCGUCACCACCGGCCCGGCUUCCAGUUUCUCUCAAGCAUCGGCGUCGGCGUCAGCGUCGGCGCCGGCCUCCAACGCUGUUCCGACGGUGUGUAACGGACGAGAGGUGGUGGACUCCACCACCUCUUCCUUGUGAAGAUCAGCAGACGUUGUAAACACAAUUACAGUAUACAGUACAGUAUAACCACUAGUCCUCAAUCAGGUGUCUCAGAUAUUAAAGUGGACCAUUGUCCUGACUCUGUUGUCCUCAAAGUGCUGUGAGUACAAUGUCCCAAUGAUUUUCUUCUGUUCUUUUGAUUCAAAGCAAUUACAAAGUAAAUUGAUGGCACUUAAGAGUAUCGCCCUCGUUUCUACUGCGACAAUAAUAGUG